AGAAGCAAGUAUUUUGUCUCAACACCGAAAACAAAAUUGGUCGCCAUAAGCACUCCAUAAUCCUCAGGUGAAAGAACAAAAAAUACUUUUGCAACCUCGCUGACUCUGCGUACUGUAACUUUGUUUAUUCCGUGUACUACGUACGGCGUCCUCCGACAGAAACGUGCGUAGUUUGAAAAAAGUCGGACGCGCGUCGUCUUAAGUGUAAAAGAACCAGAAUAGCAGAAGAAAUGCCUGUCGAGAAGCGAGACAAAUCCAUAUGCGCUUCGGACAGUUUAAAGGCAAAUAUCCUUGCUGUCAUGGCGAGUCCGCAGGUGGUUGCUGAAUGAACUAGAUCAGCAAAUUCUUGCCGAGGCGGUCCGAGGGCUGCACCUGCAGUGACAAGGGGUCGGCGUACGCGCCACGUUCGUGUCGAUGAUUGCGGAGAAGCCGGGGCUCGGAGCUGAGGGCACCAGCUCGUCGGCGACAGACAAUGCGCCUCAUCAGAAUGUUGGUUUGAUAAGGAGCGGCCUUGGUGGAACGUCGUCAAGGUCCGCGUCCUCGGAAAGUGACGCGGGUGGUUCGUCCUUAGUGGUAUCCCAGCGACCUUCAACGAAGCAGAUGAUUGAUGUUUCCAACUGGGUGGAGGUCAUCGGAUUAGGGUGUGGCCAACUGAAGAUCUUUCACUGCAUUGGCGGUGUGUGGCUGAGUGAUGGCGCCGAACUCCUGCUGCUAUCAGCAUUAAUCCGUGCCGUAUCACUUGAGUGGGAAUUCACUGCAAGCGAGCGCGGUUCCGUGGUAGGUGUUGUUUUUAUCGGCGUGCUUAUAGGAAACUUGCUUUCCGGCACGAUAGGCGACGCCAUCGGGAGGAAGCCGGUUCCGCUUCUGGGCUUCGCAAUGAUUUUUUUCUUCUCCCUUCUCUCCGUAUUCGCUUGGGAUUUCUAUUCGCUCGUCUGCACUCGCUUUGGCGUCGGUGUGGCCUUUGGUACUCCCUUUGAGUACACUUUGAAACUUUGUCGUCUCAACAGAUGGGCCAUUGACUUUGUUCUUGUAUCUUGCAUCGAAGCAGUGUGGAGGUACAGGCUUGUAUUCUUACAGACAGACUCUCCAAGCAAAUAUACUUAAAAAAAACGGUGUUUGAAUGGGCUGCAUUGUAUUUCGCCGAAUUCAAAUUAUACUUACAACUACAAUGGAUUCUUCUCUAGGAUACUUAAAUCUUUUACUUACGACGACGAUAGACUUGGAACUCAAUAAUUUGACGACAAACUGUAUUACUUAGUUUUCUUUCAGGUAUCGGUCAGCCGUCUGGCAUCUCGUUGGCGAAUGAGAUGAUGCCAGCCCAUAUGCGAAUAUUGUUGCCAUGCAUGGCAACAGUAUACUUCGUCAGCGGAGAGCUAUUUGCGAUUGUCCUCAUCUGCUUCGAUGACAUCGACAUGCAAAAUCUCAACUGGAGGUAUAUCAAUGCUGCUGGGUAGUUCUCUUUCAACUUCGAUCUUAUCGUUAUCCCACAAAUACUCCAUUUUUUGUCCAUGUCUUUUGAGGCAUGAAUGACGGAUUGCAACCACUACGACCCUCGUCUUAAUAUCUUCCUUCUCAGGUGGUUGAUUCUGAUGGGUUCACUUCCGAGUGUUUUGUUCUUCAUCUAUGGGUUGUUCACGAUCCCAGAAUCGCCCGCCUGGUUGCAAGUCCGUGGACGACGACUGGAGGCUGAGAAGAUAUUGCAGUGGUUGCGUUUGAGUAACUUCACGAGCAGAGGGACGGUAUUGUCCCGUCGCGAGGAUGUGGCCAGUUCUAUUGCAGCAUUGCACGAUAUUGAUAUCUCUUUACCGGAGCAGUUGGCGUUGAAAACCAAAUCGACGCAUGCCUACGUAGCUCUGCCCACUGCGCAGCCCGAACAAGAUCUCGACAGCAACAGCGUUGCAAUUGCGCCGGGGACGAUGAGUUCAUCUGCUGCUGAUUAUAGUCUUUCGCCGCCUACUGGUGGAGUAUUUCACUCACGCUCUGAAGUUCUCAACGCUGUUGCUGGUACUUCUAACGAAGCGCUGGCGGACAUAAGUGAAAAGGAUUUGUCUGCACUGCAGCGGCUGCCGAAAAAUUCGGUGUGGACGAUGCCCAUCGUGCUGAAAGAUGAACCUGCGCCAAGGAUUCAUUCAACGAGCAGAGCAGUAAGCGCAGACGUGCCCUUAUUUAGCCCAACGGUCGCGGCCACAACGAGGAAUGUGCUAUCGGCGACACAGACGACCGCUGCGGAAUCUAACAACGGGCCCGGUACCGAGAGGGGCGAAAACGCUGUUUUAGGAUCUACCCUAGAGGACAUUGGGGAUACAGGUGGAGUGGACUCGGGCUUGGCGAACAAAUCUUUGACGACCACGGGGCAGAAGAAAUUGAUGCUUGCUGGCAGUCCGUUACAUGCCGACCACGCUGCUGACAUCAUCAACACCACUGUUGAUGUAGCGGAGAAAGAGGUAGAGUCACAGAGUGUGUUCCAGCGGUAUGCCACCGUUGUCUCGCCGCCGUACACUUUAACCACAUUUUUUCUUAUCUGGUCACUGUUUACUUGCAAUGUGGUCUUUUAUGGCGGCCUCUACGUUUUCCCGCAAGUCCUUGCCGACAUGGGAGCUACGCUGACCAUUCGUCCCGCUUUCAGUCUGCUCUUCGCCGCUCUCUUCGAAAUUGUUGGUACUCUCUUAUAGUUCUACUAGCAGCAGCACACAGACACAGAUACACACACUGCCUCGUUGUACUUCUACACUUACAAGUCAUCUCCUGUUUGAGACCUUUGAUUUCGGGCAAGGUCUUACAUUUUUUCGUUUGCUCUACCAGGUUCAAUAUUCGCAUUUAUGGUCGGGACAACGGUGUUGCGGAAGGCUGCCCUGGGCAUUUGGCUCUCCACUGGCAUGUUUUGCAUUCUUGUGUUUAUUGCUGGCGCACCAGCCCUCGAGGUGAAGCCAGUGGGGAAGAUAGCGCCACAUGGCCACAGCAUGAUAGGAAAACAGCGACAAAAGACAGUGGAGCCGCCCAUUCCGAUGUCGAUAUCAGCAGCACGACAGGUAGCUGAACUUGAAGGCGAUUCUGUUGUUGAUGACGACGAAAUGGAGAACAUGACAAUGGCUGACGAAGAUGAGCGCGAGGGAGUGCUAGACGCAAGAGCAGAAGGAGCUACUGCUACGAAGUCCUCAGAUGAGUACGAUGACGACGAAGUCGAGGACGUUGAAGAGAGGCACCGUAACAAUGACGAGGGAUCACAGUUCUCCAGCGAGGACGGAGAUCAUGAGCCAGAUGAUCACGACUCUAUCAUUGAACGGGCGCAUGAUCAUUUGGAGGAUGAUGGACUGGGAAGUAAUGCCGACGUCAAGAGCCGAGUGCAACGCAAUAAGCAUGGGCGUAGUCAUCAACAUGAAAUUCCGCAAGAUCAUCAAAGAACAAGAGAGGACGGACGAGAUGAAAACGACCAGCACGGAGCCGGUGGACGAACCACAACUGGGCUCCAUGGGCACAAGACUGAGAAGAAGAUACAUGCACACAACGCAGCUGCAAAGAAGCAGCAAAGCCUCCUGACUUUUCAGUCUACGGGAUUUGGUCCAGCACUGAUUACAAUGCACGAACACGAGCAAAGACAUCGGGACAAUUACAAAGUCCACCACUCUCGAGUUCGACGAGUGGAGAAGUCCCCUGCUAGAGGCUUUUCACUCAUACAAGCGGAUGAAGAGGAGAAUCGAGAUGACGAGAAUUUGGAAGAAAUUGUGUUUAUGUCGUCCUCGGAAGAGGAGCUCUCACCGGAACUAGCAGAAGCGGACGAACUCUCACGACGAGCAGUAGUGUCUGAGCGCCCCGAGCGCUUUUUGCGAUCUUCCAAAUUGUCAAGCAAAACACGGGUUGAAUUUGAAGAAGCUGAGGGACCGAGUUCAUCAUUUCUCCAGGUAGACCUGGAAAACGAGGGGAAGCCGAAGCAACUGGGAUCUUCUGAUUCCGAAUCAAAUCGUAAGCGUAACUCAGAACAUCAGCAGGAUCAGAGUAAUAGCCAAAGGGGGAGAACGCGAGUAGAAGUGCGGAUGCUUCGGGGGCACGGUGGUGGACACGGGCAUGCACAACGUCAGACUGUAGCUAAGGUGGACAAGCGUAAGCACGAGGACGAACACGGCAAAUCAGGUGUAGUGCAGCUCGAUUCAUCAGCUUCUGAUCAGGCGUCGGCAUCGACGAAUUCGCAAGAAGGGAAAGUACAUUCAAACCACGGACAUGGCCGCGCAGCCCAUGCUGCACGUGCAAGCGCUAGUGGAAAAGAUACUAGUCAUGACGGCGUCCGAUUCCACAUGAGUGUUAGUACUUCGAAGAAACUGGUGGAUUAUGACCAUGACAAUGCUGCCUCGCUCAAUUUCUUUGGUAAAAAGACAAAAACUAGCGCAUCUGGAACCGAGAGGCGGACUGAUGCAGCUUCCACUUCCAGUACGGAACAUGUGUUCAAGAAAACCGGAAAGGGGGGCCACCGCGGUUCUGGAUCGGCUUCAUACCAGCCACGCAAACAGCGAAAAACAAGCGAACAGCAGCUGCAUACAUCCCCAGAAAGCGUCCGGCACAAGCAGGCGCCGCAUGCCCCACACGGACACGGGGAGAGCAGACAUAAGAACUUUAUCAGUAGCAUUGCAAUCAGCACUAGUUCAACUUCGGGCUCACCUACUUCGUCGAGGACUAAAAGACAAGAUGGCAUGCUCAAUGUUGACAAAGAUGGUCUUAGUAGCACACAUACUCACGAAGAACGUGAACGCCAUAGCUUGAAAAACUCUAGCGGGCAGCGUUCUUCGAAAAAAGUAGAGAGCAGCAUGUUUGGUGUUAGUGUCAACGAAGGUCGUGGAAAGGUCAGUCAAGAACAAAGUACAACCACUUCUUCCGUGGAAGAAGAAGAACCUUCAACAAGUUCAACCGCGGAAGCCGUCUCGUCUAAACCAUCUACUUCUAGGGCGCAACAUCAUCACCAGAACUCGCGAAAUACGACGUUGUUUAACCCGAGCAUUUCCCUGGCCGACGACUCUCCACACGUGAAGAAAAGUAAGAGCAGCAGCAAGACUUCGUCUGAGCAGACGGAGCCAUCAUUAGAGGCCCUGAGUAGACCUAGACGAGAGAGGACUGGCCGAGCGAGGAGAGCUGCAGCAGCACGAAGUCGUGGAGAGACUGCGAGCACGGCUCAGUUGCAUAAGCUAGAAUCACGCAGCGGGACUAGACGGCGAGUAGAAGAGAUUAGUACCAUGUCUGCAGAGGCAGAGGAAGCGGAGGAAAUCGCGGCUUCCUUUGCUGCGACACACUCGAAGUUACUAGAAGUAUUCAUGUACAUAGGUCUCUUCGGACAGAAGGUGUGUGUGAUAAUGGGGUUUUCGUUUGCGACACUCUACGCGAUGGAGACCUACCCAACGAAAGUGCGCGCGACGGGUACAGCCGUGGCUGUUGGCAGUGGUCGCUGUGGGGCGAUUUUUGCGCCUCUGAUCUACGAACGUUUGACGGAGGCCACCGGGACACACGUCUUGUUCUUCUUCUUCGUGGUCGGGCUCAUGUUCGUGAACCUUCUGUUGCUUUUGUUCCUUCCGCUAAGAGAAACUAGCGGAUUGCCACUUCAAGACGUAGACCAUUUUCCGAGUAGUGGAGGCACGAGAAUGUUUUUUGAGCUCUUUGCCAGAAAAACACCUGACGGGAAACCUCUGCCGCUCGCGUCAGAUGUUGAAGAUGAGGACCGAAGGCAACGAGAACUGCCUCCGCCUCCAAUAAUGUAGUAAACUUGUCACAGCAGAACUGCUUCGCUCUUCCAUCUUUGGCUCACUUUGUCUCUCUCUACUUGUCGUCGUUUGGUUUUCACAUUUAAAUGCUAAGGUAAAACAUGUGUAGUUUACGCCAACCCUGAGAAGUGCUGCGUAGCAGAGAACGACGAGUAGGUGUAUAACUACUUAGCGUAGAUUUAACAUUGAUUUUUUUUGCUUCUUGUGCAGAACUGAAGAGUUUCGAGUGUGCAUAGAUGCUGGAUAGCUUCACAUAUUAGAACAUGCGUAUCGGUAUCAACAUGAUGUUAUGCAUCUUGCCUAACAUGGUCGCCGAAAAUGAAAUUCAAAUUCUUCACACAUACUGAAACUAUAUUGUGCAUGACUUCGAAAGGAACAAGAACUUCCUACGUCGUUAAACCAUCAGUCACCAUGAAAAGAAAUGCAACACUGUAGUAGACCAGCAGAAGGUGUACAACGAG